AGCUGGCGGUGUGUGUGCGCUCCUCCCGGCUCACUCCUAGCAAUGGCGCUGCGGACCGGCCGACUCUUUUCUCCCUUUCUUCUCGGGGUGUCUCUGGUUUUGAUCGCCGGCGGACCACAGGCUGUGCUGUCGUGCCCGAGCCGCUGUUUGUGUUUCCGAACCACCGUGAGAUGUAUGCAUCUGAAUCUGGAAACCGUGCCAGCAGUUUCUCCUCAGACCACCAUUCUAGACCUGAGGUUUAAUAAAAUCAAGGAUUUACAACCCGGUUCCUUCAGACGACUGAAAAACCUCAACACACUUCUCCUCAACAAUAAUCAUAUACGAAGAAUCCCGAGAGGGGCAUUUGAAGACCUGGAAAACCUCAAAUAUCUCUAUUUGUACAAGAAUGAAAUCCAAUCAAUUGACAGACAAGCAUUUAAGGGGCUUGUUUCUCUUGAGCAACUGUACCUGCACUUCAACAACAUUGAGUCAUUGGAACCAGAAUCCUUCACUCAUCUACCAAAGCUGGAGCGGCUGUUUUUGCAUAACAACAGAAUCACCCAUCUAGUGCUUGGGACCUUCUCCCAUCUCCAGUCUAUGAAGCGACUGCGUCUGGACUCCAACACGUUAAGCUGUGAUUGCGAGCUGCUGUGGCUGGCCGACCUGCUGAAGCAGUACGCCGAGUCAGGCAACGCCCAGGCCGCCGCCACCUGCGACUACCCCAGCCGCCUGCAAGGCCGCUCAGUGGCCACGCUCACCGCCGAAGAGCUCAACUGUGAGGUGCCCAGGAUCACCUCGGAGCCCCAGGAUGUGGACGUGACAUCAGGGAACACCGUCUACUUCACCUGCAGAGCUGAAGGAAACCCCAAACCCCAGAUCAUCUGGCUCAGGAACAACAAUGCACUGAACAUGCGUGACGACAGCCGUCUGAACCUCCUGGAGGACGGGACGCUGAUGAUCCAGGACACCAGAGAGACAGACCAGGGCGUCUACCAGUGUAUGGCCAAGAACGUGGCCGGCGAGGUCAAGACCUCACAGGUCACGCUGCGAUAUUUUGGAGCCCCCUCACGGCCCAGUUUUGUGAUCCAGCCGCAGAACACGGAGGUGCUGGUUGGAGAGAGCGUGACGUUGGAGUGCAGCGCCACAGGCCAGCCGCAGCCCAGGGUCUCCUGGACCAAAGGGGACCGGACCCCUCUGCCCAAUGAUGCCCGCAUCAAUAUCACGCCCUCGGGGGGGCUUUACAUCCAGAACGUGGUGCAGGCCGAUGGGGGCCAGUAUACCUGCUUCGCCUCCAAUAACGUUGACACUAUCCAUGCCACAGCUUAUAUAAUUGUACAAGCUAUCCCGCAGUUCACGGUCACACCGCAGGACCAGUCGGUCCUGGAGGGUCACACGGUAGACUUUCCCUGCGAGGCCAGCGGCUACCCCCAGCCGGUCAUCGCCUGGACGCGUGGGGGGAGCCCACUGCCCCUGGACCGUCGCCACUUGGUCCUCUCUACGGGAACGCUCCGUAUCUCCCGGGUGGCGGCCCAUGACGAGGGCCAGUAUGAGUGUCAGGCAGUCAGCCCCGUCGGUACUGUGCGCACCGCUGUGCAGCUCAACAUCCAGCAGAGAGUAACGCCUGUUUUCACAAAUGCUCCAAGGGACCUGACGGUGGAGUCUGGCCAGGACGUCCAGAUUCCCUGCAGCGCUCAGGGCCAGCCCCAGCCUGCCCUCACCUGGAACAAGGAUGGUGUGCAGGUGACGGAGAGUGGGAAGUUCCACAUCAGCCCAGAAGGCUAUCUGGAGGUCAAGGACGUGGGCUUGGCUGAUGCCGGCCGCUACGAGUGUGUCGCCCGCAAUCCCAUCGGCUAUCAAGCCGCUAGUAUGGUGCUAUCUGUCACAGUACCUCCAGUAAGCCGAGAGGGCGACACCUUUGUGAGCACUUCAAUAGAGCAGGCCAUCCGAAAUGUGGACAGUGCCAUUGAGUCCACCAGGAGACGUCUCUUUGAUGGUCAGCCGCGUACCCCAGGCGAGUUGCUGGCCCUAUUCCGUUAUCCACGAGACCCGUACACGGUGGAGCAGGCACGCGCCGGGGAGAUCUUCGAGCAGACCCUGCUCCUCAUCCAGAACCAUGUCAACCAGGGCCUCAUGGUCGACACCAAUGGCACCGCAUUCCGCUACAACGACCUGGUCUCGCCCCACUUCCUGGAUGUGAUCGCCAACCUGUCUGGCUGUACCGCCCACCGCCGCUACAACAACUGCUCUGACAUCUGCUUUCACCAAAAGUACCGCAGCCACGACGGCACCUGCAACAACCUGCAGCACCCCAUGUGGGGCGCCUCACUCACGGCCUUUGAGCGGCUGCUGAAAUCAGUCUACGAUAAUGGAUUUAACCUGCCAAGAGGUGCCACUGACAGGCUGCACAACGGAUUCAGGCUGCCGCUGCCGAGGCUUGUGUCCACCACCAUGAUUGGCUCAGAGACCAUCACCCCCGACGACCGCUACACGCACAUGCUCAUGCAGUGGGGUCAGUUCUUGGAUCACGACCUGGACUCGACGGUGGCAGCCCUCAGCCAGUCGCGGUUUUCUGACGGACAGCUGUGCACACAGGUCUGCACCAACGACCCGCCUUGCUUCCCAAUCCAGUUCCCAGCAAAUGACCAGCGCCAGCUCCGGAGCGGCGCUCGCUGCAUGUUCUUCGUGAGGUCCAGCCCAGUGUGUGGCAGCGGGAUGACAUCACUGCUCAUGAACAGCGUGUAUCCACGGGAACAGAUCAACCAGUUGACCUCCUACAUUGACGCCUCCAAUGUCUAUGGCAGCUCACGGCACGAGUCCGACGAGAUUCGCGACCUGGCCAGCCAGCGUGGGCUGUUACGGCAGGGCAUCAUCCAGCGGACAGGGAAACCACUUCUACCUUUCGCCACCGGACCGCCCACGGAAUGCAUGCGGGAUGAGAACGAGAGUCCGAUUCCCUGCUUUUUGGCUGGUGACCACCGUGCCAAUGAGCAGCUGGGUCUGACUGCCAUGCACACCGUAUGGUUCAGAGAACACAACCGCAUAGCCACGGAGUUGCUGAGGCUGAACCCCCACUGGGAUGGGGACACCAUCUACCAUGAGGCCAGGAAGAUAGUUGGGGCUCAGAUGCAGCACAUCACUUACAGUCACUGGCUGCCUAAGAUCCUAGGUGAAGCAGGAAUGAAGAUGAUGGGGCCCUACACUGGCUAUAACCCCAACAUAAACCCCGGAAUUCUCAACGCCUUCGCCACCGCAGCCUUCCGUUUCGGACACACUCUCAUCAACCCCAUCCUGUACAGAUUGGAUCAGGACUUCCAGCCCAUCCCCCAGGGGCACAUCUCCCUGCACCGAGCGUUUUUCUCCCCCUUUCGCAUUGUCAACGAGGGGGGCAUCGACCCGCUCCUCCGCGGUCUCUUUGGCGUCGCUGGGAAAAUGCGCGUUUCAACACAGCUGCUGAACACGGAGCUGACCGAGCGGUUGUUCUCUAUGGCUCAUGCGGUGGCACUGGAUCUGGCAGCCAUGAACAUACAGAGAGGAAGGGAUCAUGGGAUACCACCAUAUAAUGAUUACAGGACCUUCUGUAACUUGACCUUGGCGCAGACUUUUGAUGAUCUGAGGAAUGAAAUUAAGAAUCCCAGUGUCAGGGAGAAACUGCAGAGGUUGUAUGGCACUCCUUUGAACAUCGACCUCUUCCCGGCGCUGAUGGCUGAGGAGCUGGUCCCUGGCAGCCGGCUGGGGCCCACCCUCAUGUGUCUGCUGGCGGCCCAGUUUAAACGUCUGCGAGACGGCGACAGAUUCUGGUAUGAGAACCCGGGUGUGUUUACCCCGGCCCAGCUGACCCAGCUGAAGCAGGCCUCCCUCACACGCGCACUGUGCGACAACGGGGACAACAUCACGCGCAUCCAGCAGGACGUGUUUACUGUGGCCGAGCUGCCCCAUGGCUAUGGCAGCUGUGACGACGUCCCCAAGAUUGACUUGCGCAUGUGGCAGGACUGCUGCGAAGACUGCCGAACCAAAGGUCAGUUCAACGCUCUGUCCUAUCACUUCAGAGGACGCAGGUCAGCUGACCACAGCUACGCCGAGGACAAGCCUGCUGAUAGCAUCCAGGAGACCAGCCCAAUGGAUCAAGCCAGAGAAAAACUUGCAAAUGUCACUGUGACCUCCAAACCAAGCACUGAAUCCUCAAUCAACGACUUCCAGGACUUUGUCUCUGACAUGCAGAAGACAAUCACCAGUUUACGAAAACAGAUUAAAAGACUUGAAGCCCGUCUGAGCAAGACAGACUGCACUGAUACCGAGGGUCGCGAGCGAACCGACGGGGAGAAGUGGAAAAACGACCCCUGCACCACAUGCGAAUGCAAAGACGCUCAAGUGACAUGCUUCGUGGAGUCGUGUCCGCCAGCCGAGUGCCAGAGACCCGUCAAGCUAAAAGGCAACUGCUGCCCGGUGUGCCUCAAACAAACAGGCACGGAGAGCAGGCAUCGAGCGGACGCCCACCAUGCAUAACCCUCAGGACCCCCCCCCCACCUCUCCCCCUCCCCCCAACCACCACCAUCAUGCCCUAGUGUCUGAUACACACACUCAAACAUGCAGAGAUCCAGAGGAUGAGACUCUUAAAAGGUGUGCUAAGUCACAGCCACUUGCACCUAAUUGCCUCGUUUUUGUU